AUGAAGCAGUCCCUGCAUGGUGACAUUGACCACCCAGACAUUGCACUCACUCUGCACAUGCUUGGCGAUGUGACCGCUCAGACUGGAGACUGGAAAGAGGCCCUGCGUUGCCUGAAAGAGUCUUUACGAAUGCAGCGGUCCUUGCACGGUGACGGUGACCACCCAGACAUUGCAGUCACACUGCAUAUGCUUGGCGAUGUCACCGUGCAGGCUGGAGACCUGAAAGAGGCACACAAGUACCGGCAGGAGUUGUCGCAAAUGGUGUUGCGCUUGCAGAGUAAGGGCUGCGUUGAUUGGAGGCUGCAGGAAGUUCUAUCUCUGAGGAACUUGGGUCAACUUGUUUGA